AUGUCAUCCUUAUUACGAAGUUUUAAAAACCUCCCUCGUGUGAAAUUAAAAAUAAAGAGAAAUGAAGAAUAUGAAAGAAAUUUAAAUAAUUUAGCAAACCUAUCAAAUCAUAAAAAGUUAAUAAGAAUAGAUAUAAACGGAAAGGUCAAGAAAUGUAGUCGCUAUUUUUUUAAUAAAAAUAAAUAUAUUUAUAUAAAUAAUAUAGAGGAUAUGAAAAGAUUUGAUGAAACUAAAAAUAUAAAUAUAAAUAAAAAUAUAAAUAAAAAAAAUAAUAUAAAUGAAAAAAAUAAUAUAAAUGUUAAAUAUGACAUAUAUAAUAUUCACAAUAAUACCUUUGAUAUUCAUAGGAACUAUCAAUGUAAAAAAGGAAAUAUAAAAAACGAUAAUAUAUUACAUAUUGACAAAAAAGAAAAAAAAAAAGAAGAACAUCAGAGUUUUAAAAAAAAAAGAAAAGAAGAACAAAAAUAUAACAAUUUUAUAAGUACAUAUAAUUUAACACAAGACGAAAUUAUAUAUAUGAGAUUUAUUCAUAAAAUUAAAAUAAAAAAUAUGUUUGCACUUAUAAAUAAUAUAAGAAAAAAUAUAUAUAUUAAUAAAUAUCAAGCAAAUGUAAUAUUAAACUGUAUUUAUAAAUAUUUAAGAAUCCAUUGUUAUACUUUAUCAAAAGAGGAGUUCUUUUUUUUUGUUUAUAUAUUUCCACAGCAUGUAAAAUAUUCAUCCAAGGUUUUGUCUUACCUCAUUAACUUAUUACAAGAUAGGCACAGAAUAAGGGACUCUACACAAAUGAAUGUAUGUUAUAAUGAAAUGAAGAAGGACAACGACGAUGAUAAAAAUAAACAUAAAGAUAAUAAUAAUAAUAAUAAUAAUAAUAAAAAUAAACAUAAAGACAAUAAUAAAAAUAAACAUAAAGAUAAUAAUAAUAAUAAUAAUAAAAAUAAACAUAGUGAUCACCUCAUAAGUAACCUUUAUGAUAACCAUCAAAAUAAACAUAGUGAUCACCUCAUAAGUAACCUUCAUGAUGAGGAAGAUAAUUAUUUUUGCACAAAUUUGACGAUGAGCCAGUGCAUCAAUCUCAUAUGUGAAAUUAAUUUAUAUUAUCUAAAUAUUUCUAUAAAAAAGUUAUACUUUGAUUAUCUAAAUAAAUAUAUGAAACACAUAAAACUUGAACACAUCUUCGAAUUAUUUACAGAAGGAUGUUAUCUCUUCUUAUUACCAAAUGAAAAAAUCAAAUCUAAUAAUAUCUAUACUCCCAACAUAUUCCUUAAAAAAUUGAAAAAUUAUAUUACAAGUAACGACUUCGUAAUUCAUAUAAAUGACAGAACGUUGAAUAGAUAUAUAAAAUUUUUAUCAUAUCAUUGUUCAAACAAUAUUUAUGUACAUAUCCUUUUUAACGAUUUAUAUAUUACUUUACAUAAAAAAAUAUUCAUAAAUAAUUAUGACAUGCUCAUCAAACAUUAUAAAAGCACAGCUGAUCAUAUCUUAUAUUUAACUAAUAAAAAUGAAAACCUGAAUUAUCUGAACACCAUACUUUUGAACAAUUAUUAUUCUUUGUAUAACAAAAAAGAAAACAACGAAAAAAGACAAAGUUUGGAAAAUCUAAAAGUAAAAAUAUUUCCAUCACAUCUAAAUUAUAAGCAACAUACUACAAACAAAAAUGUAAACGAUCCAAACCAACAACAUAAACAUGACAAGGAUGAUUCGUAUGAUAAUACAUAUGAACAAAUGAAAAAUAAUAAAAAUAAAAUAUAUCCUAAUGAAUAUAUAACAACACAUAUCUUACAAAAUAAUUAUGAACAAAAUUUAUAUUCUUUUCAAAAAAAAGACGACACAAAUAUUAAUAACAUAUUUGAUCUACACAAAAGAGAACAGAUUUAUGAAUAUGAAAAAGAAAAUGAAAGUUCUGAUAUUUUUAGGGAUUCUUAUAAAAGGAAAAUCAAGGAAGAAAAAAAGAAAAAAAAUAUAUAUAAAUAUGAAGACCACCCAUUAAAUAAAGAAAAAAAAAAAAAAAAAAAAUUUUUUUAUAUUAAUUAUGAAAAAGGGGAUGACAAAAAUGAUAAUGAUUUAUAUUAUAAUAAUAUAUAUUCUAAGAACCUAGAAAAUAUCCAAAAUAAAAAUUAUAACAAUAAUAAUAAUAACAAUAAUAAUAAUAACAAUAAUAAUAAUAACAAUAAUAAUAAUAACAAUAAUAAUAAUAACAAUAAUAAUAAUAACAAUAAUAAUAAUAACAAUAAUAAUAAUAACAAUAAUAAUAAUAAUUUUGAUAAAUAUAAUAUACCUUGUACAAACACAAAUCUUUCCUUACUCUAUGAUAAAGAAAAAUUAUUUCUUUUUACAUAUGCAUAUGAUAAAAUUCAAACAUAUACCUAUGAAGAAUUAAAAUCAAAAUAUAAAAUAUCAACCAAAAUUGUAGAUAGAAAUAUUAAAAUGUUUCUAAAAUUUUUAAAAAAUUAUAAUAAUAAUGAAAAUACUUAUGUAGAUAAUAUUAUUUCUAAAAAAAACAUUUUCCAUUUGUUAGCUAGUAUGAAAAAUAAGGUAACAAACAAGACAAACACUCACAAAGAUAUAUACCAAUUUAUCCAUUCAUGGUAUCAUAUUAAACUUGCGGAUCAAAAUAAAGAACAUUCCUUUCAAGAUGACAAAUAUUUAAUUAAUAAUUUGUAUGAAAAGCAUAAAGUACAACAUAACACCAUGACACAUCAUAUUAUUAAAAUGGAGGAUAAAAAAGGAGAUAUACAUUUAAUGGAAAAUAAUAAUAUGUUAUUAAAUAAUAAUAUGUCGUUAAAUAAUAAUAUGUCAUUAAAUAAUAGUAUACCAUUAAAUAAUAGUAUACCAUUAAAUAAUAGUAUACCAUUAAAUAAUAGUAUACCAUUAAAUAAUAGUAUACCAUUAAAUAAUAGUAUACCAUUAAAUAAUAGUAUAUCAUUAAAUAGUUGUAUAUCAUUAUAUAAUAGUAUAUCCUUAUAUUCAAAUAAAAAUACUUCAUUUAACCACCUAUAUAAUAAUAUAUAUGACACAUGUUUCAUUCAAAAUAACUAUAUAUCAAAUCAACAAGUACAAAAUUAUAAGAAUGAAAAAAAUACAAAUAUGGAGCAUUAUAAUGAAAAGAAGCUUUUUAUUUAUCCUAUUUACUAUUUAGAAGACAAGAACUAUUUUUUAAAUGUGGUAAAUAAUAUAUUCUUUAAUAAGAAUUAUAAUAAUACAUUUUUUUAUACAUGUCAAAUUAAUAUUUUAUCAAAAGGUUUAUAUUAUUUUAUAAAUUAUUAUACAUUGUUAAUAUCUAGUAAUUAUAAAGCUGAAGAAAUAAAGACGGACGACAACAAAUGUAACAUCAACAAUAAUAAUAAUAAUAACAACAAUAAUAAUAACAACAAUAAUAAUAACAACAAUAAUAAUAACAAUAAUAAUUAUAACAAUAAUAAUUAUAAUAAUAAUAAUGUGUAUCCUUUAAUAAAUCAUUUUACAACUACCUUUUAUGAAAUGGUCACAUAUUUAUUAAAAAAUAUAUACCGUAUACACAUAUCCAAAUUUUUCUACAUAUUUGUUGCCUUGUCCAAAUUUUUUCUUAUGAAUUCUUAUCAACAAAGCAAUACGAACAAAAGAGAGAAUUCUAUACAUAUGGAAAAUGUAUUAUAUAUUUUAUAUAUAAUAAGAAAAAAACAAUAUGAGCAUGUUAAAAGUAUAUUGUAUGAUAAAAGUAACGAGAAUUAUUUUAGGUUUAACGAAAAUAAGGAUAUCAAAAUGGAGAAUACAAAUAUGUUAUAUAAUAUAAUAUUGAACAACUUUUCUACAGAAGAUCAUGAUGAAUUCAUGACGCUUCAAAAAAACAAUGAAGAUAAUAAUAAAAUGAUAAUAGACAAUAUAAAUAAUGUGGAUAAUAUAAACGAUUUAAUCAAGUCACACCAUUGUGAUAAUAAUAAAAAAGAAGAUACUUCUUCUUUACAUAAUAAAUUGUAUAAUGGUUUACAUUUCCUAAUUAUGUUCUUAAAUAACUAUUUAGAUAAUACAAAACAUUUUAAAAUAAACCACUUUUUAAGUUCCUUAUUUUAUAUAAAUAAAAUAAUACCGCCUAAUAUGAAACACAUGUAUCAUCUUGAAACAUAUUUACAUAAAAAUCACAAGAUUUAUAAGAAUAAAUUUUUUUAUAUAUAUAAUGGUUUGGAUUUACUAAAAAAAUCAUAUUUAGUACAUAUAAAAAAAUUAUAUAUAAAUUCAUAUAUAAAAUCAUAUAAUAAUAAAAAGAAGAACAAUAAUGUUAAUGGAGAUGUUUAUAAUAAUUUUAUGUAUAAAUAUAAUAUUUAUGACAAUAUUGAUUAUAUUUUUAUAAAAAAAAAAAAUUUAUUUUGUUAUACAAAUCAUUUGUCUUUAUUAUAUUUUACAUACAUAUAUAGCUUGAACAAAUUUUAUUAUUGUACAUUAUAUUAUAAUAUAUCAAAAUGUUUUUAUUACAAAAUAAAUAUAGAAAAUAUACAUUUUAAAAAUAAAAUUAUUUUGUUUUUUAUAUUUACACAAUGUAAAUAUAUAUAUAUAAAAUUUUUCAGAUUAUUAGUACAAAGCAUUUUCUCAUCUUCUGAAUUUCAAAAAGUAGGAAAAUUAAGUCUAUACAUAUUAUCAAACAUAAUAUUACUCUUAGUUAAAAAUAGUAGGAUGAAGCUAAAUAUAAAAAAAAAAAAAAUAAUAAAAAAUAUAUCCAAGCAUAUUUAUUCAAAUAAUGAAUUUAUAAAUAAUAAUAAAAUAAAAAAAAUACAUACAAAUAAUAAUUCCAUGUCAAAGAAUUUAUUUAUUUGUAACAAAUUAUUGAACAUCCAAUGGAAUUAUAUCUUCCCCAUGGAUUUAUUUAUCUCAUCAAAUUUGUCACAUGAAACGGAAUUAAUAAUAAACAAACUUGAACAAAAUAUUUUAAACAACAACAAUAAUAAUAAUAACAACAAUAAUAAUAAUAAUAAUAACAAGCACAAUAAUAAUAAUAUAAGGGGAAAAAAAAAUUAUGAUUAUCAAAAUAUAGAAAAAUUGUUCUACUCAAAAGAAACACAUAUGAUAAAUAAAAUGAAUAUAUUAAAAAUAAAAGAUAUAAAAAAUGCACAAAAUGAUGAAUGUUCACAAAAUAUAAAAUAUAUAAAAAACUCCAUUAUUAAUUUAAACAACUUUAAAAAUGAACUAUUUACACAUAUCCCAUUCUUAAUCAAGCAGUAUAAACAAUAUAUUAUCGUACAUGAAAAAAAUAAGUGUAUCAAUAAUAAAGUACAAAAUUUCAACCAAAAGAAUCAUCUCAUUUCUCAGACAUUUAAUAAGAUUGAUGAAUCUUCUUUUAUUUAUUUUGAUGAUGAUAUAGAACAUGAAAUUUUUACUCUUUGUCAAAACUUUUUAUCGUAUGAUUAUGUUACCACCAAUUUUUGCAUAUCAAAGAAAUCGCUAUAUUAUGAUUUAUUGAUGUAUUUAAAGGGUACAAAUUUUUAG